CGGGGCUUUAAACGUAGGGAGAGUUUUUGAGCGUCCGUCUGUUUUUUUUCGGUUUUGUAACACAGUUUCGGUCCUUGACUCCCCACUCGGACCCGUCCAGAGCCGGCCCGGGUUCGCUAGAAUAAUGUCCCGGGUGCUGAUCGUGGGAGCGGGGCUGACAGGCAGCCUGUGCGCAUGUCUGCUGCGGCGAGCGCUGCAGAACCAGGUGCACAUCGUGGUGUGGGACAAGGCGCGGGGCGCAGGCGGCAGGAUGUCCACCAGCCGCCCCCCAGAACCCUCGUCCCACUCGGCCGACCUGGGAGCUCAGUACAUCUCGGCCACGGCGGCGUACCACCAGUCCCACCACAGCUUCUACGCAGAGCUGCUGUCUGCAGGUGUCCUGCGGCCGCUGGAGUGUCCCGUCGAGGGCCUGCGACCCCGCGACGGCGGCAAGGACUACAUGACGCCGCUGGGGAUGAGCAGUGUGGUCAAACACUUCCUGUCCGAGUCAGGAGCCGACUUGUUCCUGGAGCAUCACGUGACGGCUCUGUACCGCCGCGGGGCCUCGUGGGAGGUGGAGCGGCAGGCGGGGGGCAGUGAGACCUUCGACGCCGUCGUCCUGACCAUGCCGGUGCCUCAGAUCCUGCAGCUGCAGGGAGACCUGGGAAAGCUGCUGUCCGUCGAGCAGAGGCAGCAGCUGGACGUCGUCUCGUACUCGUCCCGCUUCGCGCUGGCGCUCUUCUUCCCUCCGGACGCCGAGCUGGGCGUGUCCUGGGGCGCCCGCUACGUCAGCGACAGCAGCUGCAUCCGCUACAUCGCCGUGGACGACCGCAAGCGCGGCGCAGGUGCCCCCGGCCGCGGCCCCACCCUCGUGGUCCACACCAGCGUCCCGUUUGGCCUGCAGCACCUGGAGCGGGACAAGGAGGCGGUGCAGCCACUCAUCCUGCAGGAGCUGAGCAGGCUCCUCCCCCAGCUGCCGCAGCCCCUCAGCAUCAAGUGUCACAAGUGGAGGUACUCCCAGGUGCAGACCGCGGUGCCCGACUGCCCGGGUCACAUGACCAUCCUGGACCAGCCGCCGCUCGUCUGCGGCGGCGACGCCUUCUGCCACUCCAACUUCGACGGCUGCGUGGAAUCGGCGCUCAGCGUGCUGGCGGCGCUGGAGGCGGAGCUCCGUGGCCACGCCCCCUCCGGUCAAUAACCGACCAAUGACUGUGAAGCCCAUGUAUUUAUCACCUGAUGUUUGAAGUUUCCACGUUUGAAUAAAUGUUCAAUAAAAAUGUUCAUUUGUGUGAA